CUUCCCUAUCCAAUCUCCUCUCUCUCGGUGAACUAUGUGAGUUCGUGUUGUCGUCUCAUCCUCCCCUCCGGCCCUCCCCAGCUCGCCGUCGUCUCUAAUCGGUCUCUGUCUGUCGUGUGUCGUCUGGGUGGCCCCCGUGUUCUCCGGCAUCGGGCUCCGGUAGCACAGGUCAGUUGCUGAUGCCUCGUCUUCCUCCUCUGGGGUAGAUCGGGCACGGCGACUGCGUGCUCCGUUGAGGGACGGUGCUGGAGAUCGGCCGUCCGCGGUGAAGGUCGCCAUGGCGGAUGAUGACGAUGUCAAUCCGGUCACCGGCAACGACGACCUUCGCACGGCAGGGCUUGUCCCAGAUGACGAAGACGACAUCCAGGCUGACGCUGCUGCUUUGCUCGGUAUCGAUCUAACCUCUGCUCCUGUCGAUCUAAGUUCUAAUCCGACCAACGCUGGUGGAGGGCCUGCUACGGCCACCGAUACUCCGGUCGGCUCCACCAGCACCGAUGGUGGUACUGGUACCUCAUCUGUUGGUAAGCGUAAAUCUACUGUCUGGGUUGAUUUUGAUGAGGUAUUUGAGAAAGUGAAUGGGUCCAAUGUUCGAAUUGCUGCUAUUUGUAGAAUGUGUAAGACUCGUUUAUCUGCUAGAUCUUCUGCUGGUACUGGGCAUUUGCUUAGACACCAGAAAGCUUGUAAGAAGAAGGUUGAUCACGCUGCUAGGGUCCAGUCUAGGCUUGCUUUCAAUCCUGAUGGUUCUCUACACAAUUGGGAAUAUGAUCCUAUUUUUGCUCGAACUGAGUUAUGUCGUCUGAUUGCUAGGCUUGACCUUUCAUUAGGUAUUGGUGAGUCACAGGCCUGGGAGGAUUAUAUUGCCCGUGCUCAUAACCCUAGGUUUACCAAAGUGUCUAGACAGACCACCACUAGAGACCUUCUGAAGCUUUUCACUUAACGACGUAAUGUGCUUAUCAAUUCUGUGUUGCCUGCUACUUCUUCGGUUGCAUUAACCUCAGACAUUUGGUCUGGUAAUGCUAAGGAGGACUACAUUAGUGUUGUCUGUCAUUAUGUUAAUGCUGAUUGGGAAUUACAGAAAAAGGUCAUUGGUCUUAGGCUUAUUGAGGUUAGACAUACUGGUCAAAAUAUUGCUGAAAGAAUUGGUGUUGUGGUUGAGGAGUUUUGUCUGGUUGACAAGAUUUUCUCUCUCACUCUAGACAAUGCUUCUUCUAAUUCAAAGGCUAUGGAUACAUUGACACCUUUGUUUGCUGGUUAUUUGGGUCCUGAUCCUUCUUCUAACUACACUCUUAUGCAUCAACGUUGUGCUUGUCAUAUCAUUAAUCUCAUUGUGAAAUCUGGAAUGAAGAGACUGAAACCUUUUUUGGAAGAUUUUAGAACUGCAAUUAAUUUCUUAAAUGCUUCUAAUUCUAGAAUAGCAACAUUUAAAGAGUACUGCUUAGCAAGGGGUGUUAGACCCAGAAAAUUUGGAUUGGAUAUGGAUGUUAGAUGGAAUUCUACUUAUUUGAUGCUUAAACACUUGGUCCCAUACAAAACUGUUUUUUUUUGUCUUCAUCAAUUCACAUUAUGAGUCACAAUUAUUGCCUCCUAAUCAUUGGUAUGUUGCUGAGAAGAUUUUAGAGUUUCUAGAACUGUACUAUGACUCUACUGUUGUUCUGUCUGGUGUUUAUUAUCCAACUAGUCCACUAGUUCUUCAUCAUAUUCUGGAAAUUGCAUCUCAUUUGAAAGCAUGUGAAAGAGAUUUAAAUCUUAGAACUAUUGUGUUUCCAAUGCAACUUAAAUUCCUUAAAUACUGGAGUGACAUACCUUUGCUAUAUUCAUAUGCAUUCAUUCUGGACCCUAGAGCUAAGAUGAGAGGUUUUUUUAAUGUGUUGCAUUUACUUGGAGAGUGCACUGGGUGUGAGUACAGUACAUAUUAUGCUGAUGUAAAAAAUGAAUUGUAUAAACUGUUUACUAAAUAUGAGACUAAGUUUGGUGCAGUUAGGGCUCAAAGGGCUGCUCAGCCUUCUAUUCAUACAGGUAAAAGAAAACAAGCUUGGGGAAGAAUAUUUGGAGAUUCCAGUUCAGGUGUUGUUGGUCCUCCCCCUAGCUCUACCCCUUCUGCUUCAUCUUCAUCUGCUAUUUGUGAGCUCUCAGCCUACUUAGACAGUGACAAUGUCACUUCUUAUGAGGAUGAUUUUGAUAUACUUCUCUGGUGGCGUGACCACAAGCUAACAUAUCCAGUUUUAUCCAUAAUGGCAAGGGAUAUUAUGUCUGUUCCUGUAUCUACUGUCUCUUCGGAGUCUUGUUUCAGUUUGACAGGGAGGAUAAUUGAGGAGCGACGACGACGCUUAUUGCCUGAGAAUGUGGAGAUGCUGACUUGCUUAAAAGAUUGGGAAUUAGGAGAAAAGAGAGAACAACAUGCUGUUGACAAUCCAGAGCUUGAGGACUCAUUCCAGAAUUUAUUUCUUGAUGAAGAUGAACCUGUUGCUGCUUAGUUGUAGUCUUCUAGACAGUGAUGUGGUCAUCUGACAUGUGCUUUCACUGCUUUGUCAUUGAGUGAUUGUGAGAGAGUCAUUUUGUAUUGUAAUAUACAUUUGUAACAGAUACAAACUUAGUGAUUAAACUUUUGAGCUGGCUGCACUCUUUUUUCCUUUCUAGGGUUUCUCACAAGGGUGAGUUUUACCUAGAAAGGUUUUUAAUGAGGCAGCAUUGCACAAAACAGCUCAUUUAUUA